AUGGCGGAGCUUCAACGGGAACAGCCGCCGAGCCGCCAUGCCACGAAUUGGUUCCUGAAUGACGAUCACCUUCGCAUCAUUAACAGCCAAUGCCUUGAUGCUGCUACGGCGCUGCGACAUCAAUCCCUGCUCACGGACUUCAAGAAGACUCUCGACUUCUCGCCAGCGACCUGCUCCCUGGCUCAGCUGGCCUCCAAUAGCACACAAUGGGUCGACAAACAAGUGACACUCCAUGGCUACGUUGGAGCUCGACGAGUGGCGAACAAGACACUAGUCUUUGCUGAACUGCACGAUAUGAGUCUCACUUCCAUCAUCCAAAUCGUCUCAAGUGUCACGAAGAAUGUAGACAGUAUCAGCCGUCCUCACGACUUGCUUCGGGAUCUGGAACAGCAUACUCCGGUUGUGAUUCAAGGUACUGUCAAAGGACGACAGGCCCCCAAAGCAGGACAGUCUUCGAAGGAUGAAAGCAAGCCUAUGAUCAUAGCAGGCGUGGAGAUUAAAUUGGACAAUAUCACGCCGCUGAACGCUUUUCCGAAGGAUUUGAUCGUGACGUCCGACACAGUCUUCUCACCAGAGAAACGCCACCUUCAGAUCAAGCAUGACAAGAGCAUUCGAGACGCCCUCAUAUUCCGCAGUAAAGUCUCUCGGUUCGUUCGCGAUCAUCUAGCCGACAACCAUGGCUUCGAGGAAUUUGAGACUCCCCUCCUCUUCAAAUCAACACCCGAAGGAGCACGAGAAUUCCUAGUUCCCACUCGUAACCCUGGCUUCGCCUACGCUCUUCCGCAAAGCCCGCAGCAGUAUAAGCAGAUCCUUAUGGCUAGCGGAAUAUCACGCUACAUGCAGAUCGCCAGAUGUUUUCGUGAUGAGGAUCUGAGAGCUGAUAGGCAGCCGGAAUUCACGCAGGUGGAUCUUGAGAUGGCUUUUGCGAGUGAUGAGGACGUUAUGAGGACCGUGGAGGAUACAGUGAAAGCGUUGUGGGAGAAGAUGUUGCCAGGUGCUGCUUUGUCCGAGGCUUUCCCGAGGAUGACUUACGCUGAGGCCAUGAGCAGGUAUGGGUCUGACAAACCUGAUGUGAGGUUGGGAAGUGAGAUCCGACGGGUCGAGUAUAUGUUACCUGUGGAUCUUGUCAGCAAGAUAGGGCCGCUUUCGGAUCCCAUUGUUGAGGUCAUGAAGGUAGCCAUUUCUGACGAUCCGGCCACGACGAGGAAGUUCGUUUCUACUUUCAUGGACUCGCCGGAGGCUGCAUCGUUCAUCUCAAACCCGGAGGGUCAACCUGGCAUAUCCGUAUGCGAUUCACGCAAGCCUUUACAAGGACUUCAAACUUUCGGAUUUGAGGCCGCGGAGCAGUUGGAAGAGACUUUGGACCUCCAAGACGGCGAUCUUGUUGUCUUGCAAGCUCGGAAGAAUGCUGCCUUCGCCGGCGGCUCCACACCAAUAGGCAAUCUUCGUCUCGCUCUUCAUAGGUUUGCUUGCAAGCAGGCUUUACUGCCACCUCAUGAUCCGCAGAUGUUCGAGUUCCUGUGGGUCACAGAUUUCCCGCUCUUCACACCCACAUCCAUCGAGCCCACCGAACCAGGCCAAGGUGGCACAACGGGUCUAACAUCAACUCACCAUCCCUUCACCGCCCCCAAAACAGCCGCAGACGUCGAUCUGCUGCUCGAAGCUCCACUGGAGGCAAAAGGAGCCCACUACGACCUUGUACUUAACGGUGUCGAACUAGGCGGCGGCAGUCGUCGGAUCCAUAACUCCCUGAUGCAAGAAUUCAUCUUCAGACAUGUGCUUGGGAUGUCCGAUGAAAGGGUGGGGAACUUCAGACAUUUACUUGAGGUUCUGAGGGCAGGAUGUCCGCCUCACGCGGGUAUGGCAUUGGGGUUCGAUCGACUGGUGGCGGUUAUGCUGGGGAGGGAGAGCGUGAGGGAUGUUAUCGCUUUUCCUAAGAGUGGGAGGGGCGAGGAUUUAAUGGUUGGGGCUCCGACGAGGAUGAGUGAUGGACAGAUGAGGACUUAUGGGCUUCAGAUGGCGGCAAAGGUGUGA